UUCAGUGCACUGCAAGGAUUGGUGCUGCGGCUUUUCUGUUAUUGAUAUCACAUAUAUAACAUUCAAUGGCGCACUAAAGCAGCCGAAAAUUUACAGUGACCCUUUUACAGAGAUAAAAUCAUAACAAGAUGUCCUUCAAUUUUCUUCUUAAACUCUGCCUUUUGUGCAGUGCUGCAAGCUGCUUCCAAUUCAAAAACGAUUGCGUGUCCAAAAAUCACUUCGAAACCGACCGCAUCGCGACAUCGUGGGACAUCAGGGUCUGGGCCCCAAGGGAAGCCACCGACGCACGCAUCCUUACCCUCGUGGCGGAGAACGAAGCCAGGUCAUCGCUGAGGAAAACGGACAUCGCGAGAACAGAAGUGCGCACGCUGUUCAUUCAAGGAAGUCGUCGGGAAAAGAGCAGCAGUUCGAUUCCGGGCGACGGCAUCCCCCCCGGCUGGAGGGAGUUUCGGGUGACGUCGGACUCCAGGUUCAAGGUCUGGGUGGCGGGCGUGGAGGAGCCGCUCGUGGAUGUGGAGGAUGACGUUCGAGCCGAGAAAGUCAUCGUCAGAGGGAG